UGGAAUCCAAAAUGGCGGACAGAAACAGUAGUCCUGGUUUUUAAACAAACUUUAGAGAAAUCAAGACAUAAUAUGAAGUUGUAUUCUUUGGGGAGAACGAGUUCGGCGCCAUGUCUGGUUCUCCAGUUCAAAGGUGUAAGCAUUAUGUUGGAUUGUUCGCUGGAUAUGUCCACGCUGCAGCACUUUAUUCCUCUUUCUUUGGUUAACAAUGAAAGAACAAGCCAGUUGAAAUCAUGGACUACAAGAGAACUACAGGAUAUUGAAGGAUUCUCCAUGCAGAAUAACCUAAAGGAAAUAGCUGGAAAAGUAUUCGUUGAUGUGGAGCCAGAAAUUUGCCCUCCAGAGGAUUGUCUUCUGGAUUUCUCUAGCAUUGACAUCAUUUUGAUAUCCAACUAUCAUUUUAUGUUAGCUCUGCCAUUUAUAACUGAGCAUUCAGGUUUCAAAGGAAAGAUUUAUGCCACUGAACCAACAAUACAGUUUGGAAGGGAACUAAUGUUAGAGAUGGUGGAGUAUGCAGAGCGAGUUCCAAAGGUCAACAAAGGAAACAUGUGGAAGGACAGUGAAGUUUUAAGAUGUCUUCCUGCACCUCUUUGUGACUUAAAGGGCACUAAGUCAUGGAAAGUUCUUUACAGCAAGCAUGAUGUAAAAGCUUCAAUAUCAAAGAUUCAAAAUGUUGGGUAUUCAGAAAGAAUUGAUCUGUUUGGUAUUCUCAAGCUGACUGCCCUCAGUUCAGGAUAUUGUUUGGGAAGCUGUAACUGGGUCAUAGAGUCUGAUUAUGAAAAGGUCAGCUAUGUUUCCUGUUCAUCAACGUUCACCACUCACCCUCUCCCAAUGGACCAGUCCAUGCUAAAGAACAGUGAUGCCUUAAUUAUGACAGGAAUCACUGAAGCUCCAACUGCCAACCCAGAUGCUAUGCUGGGUGAAUUUUGCACACACUUAGCUACUACUUUGCGUAAUGGAGGAAAUGUUCUAGUGCCAUGUUUUCCCUCUGGCGUACUGUACGAUCUGUUUGAGUGUCUGUACUCGUACAUGGACGGUGCCAAUCUUACAUCCAUUCCUAUAUAUUUCAUCUCGCCUGUGGCUGACAGUUCUCUAGCCUACUCCAAUAUUUUUGCUGAAUGGCUUUGUCAGAGCAAACAGAGCAAAGUUUAUUUACCAGAAGCACCGUUUCCACAUGCCGAGCUUGUCAAAUCCGGACGUCUCAAACACUUUCCCAGCAUCCAUGAUGGACUAAGCGGCUGUUUUAAGACCCCGUGUGUCGUGUUUGCUGGACAUCCUUCUUUACGAUAUGGAGACGUGGUACAUUUCAUGGAACUAUGGGGCAAGUCAAGUGGUAACACGGUCAUAUUUACUGAGCCAGAGUUUCCAUACCUUGAGGCACUUGCACCGUACCAGCCACUAGCAAUGAAGGCUUGCUAUUGUCCCAUUGAUCCGAGACUGAAUUUUACACAAGCAAACAAACUUAUACGAGAACUCCAGCCUGGUCAUCUUGCUAUACCAGAAGCGUACACCAGAUCACCAGAUCUACUGCCGCACAGAACAGACCUAACUAUACAAGACGUGGAGUGCAAGAUGUCAACGUUCAGUCACUUAGAUGUUCUUUCGCUGCCAGUCAAUAGGCAGUUUGAGAAGGUUGUGUUAUCAAAUGAGUUGGCCAGCAGUCUCCACCCACAAGAAGUAAGGCCCGGGAUAGCAGUUACCACAGUAACAGGAACUUUGGUAACCAAAGACAACAGAUAUACACUUGAACCGUUAGAUCUAACGGGAGAGCCCGGGACCAGGGAUUCAAAAAUGCAGUCCAAAACAAGCCAGAGAUCGUGCCAUUUAUGGGGCAGUGUUCUCAUAGAGGAUCUUGUGCAGGCCUUGGCAAAGAGAGGUAUCCAGGAUGUGCACGUUGAAUCUGAUCAGGGUGGACACACCCUUCAUUUGGCUCAAGAUGACGCCAUGAUUCAGGUGGAUCGUAGUGGAACACACAUCAUCACACACGAAAACGAGGCUCUUAGAAUAAACAUCCGGGACUCGCUGCUUGAAUGCGUAUCGCAGUUUUGAGCACGCGACUUUGUCGGGAGAGUAAGUGAGUUCCUUAUGGAAUGGCCUGCAUAUGACGCUAAACAAGCUGGCUUCUGGUGACCAGUAAUGGUGUGUUACAGGCAAGAACUUACGGCGUUGUUCGCAUUUGUUCCCGAUACCGGAGUCUCUUCGAGUUUUUCCACGAGAAGAACCAGCUGGCAGCAUUAACCCUUUCAUCAAAACAGAUGGGACGAUUUUUACCAAUUGUACCUUUUUUACAUGUCUCUUUACAUCACGAAAUCGAUGCUAAGGAGAGAGUGUAUAGAUAUCAAGAUUACACUUUUUUUGUAAAAUAGUUUGUAAAUUAAAAUAUCAGCAGCUCAAGUAAGCUAUGGCAAGAGA